AUGUGGACGGAUCAGGAUUUCAUGACCACGAAACCUAUUGGGAGACCUUAUCCGUAUAACAUUACCUGUGCGCCGGUCAACUAUACUGAUUAUGAUGUGCCAACAACCUGCACACUUGGCAUAAGCCCUCAGUACGCUGUUAAUGCAACCAACCUCGACCAGAUCAAUUCGACCAUGCUAUUUUCGCAGGAAAACAAUAUCAGGCUGGUCGUGACAAGUACAGGGCAUGACCUGCAGGGUCGCUCAGACGGCUUCGGUAGCCUCGAAAUCUGGCUGCGAUACUUCAGAAACGGGCUACAAUUCCAGGAUAUUUACUCCUCUAUCAACGGCUGCCAGAGGUCCAAUUGGACCGGAAAUGCCAUAUUAAUAGAUGGCGCAUACCAAUGGGAGAAUGUGAAUGUAUUUGCAAAGGCCAACAAUGUUAUUGUUGUCAGUGGAGGUUCGAUCUCGCCAGGGGCCAUCGGUGGCUGGCCAUCAGGCGGCGGACACGGCCCUGCAACGCGCAAUUACGGCAUGGGAGCAGACCAGAUCCUCGAAGCUCGAGUUUUGCUUGCUAAUGGGAAGGUCGUCAUCGCCAACCAUUGCGAGUACACAGAUCUGUUCACUGCAAUCAGGGGCGGCGGUCCCGGGUAUGGGAUUGUUUUAGGUACUACUGUCAAAGCGUACCCAAAUGUCGAGACUGUGACAGCUCACCAUCUAUACUUGGCACCACUCUUGAACACUUCCAACAAUACGGAUCUUCUCGAAGCAGUUACGAUCCUUCUGCAGUCAUUCCCUGAUCUUAGCGACGCGGGCUUCGCCGGAUAUGGUUUCUGGUCCCGCAGUUACCCUGGACCGUUCAUCGGCAAUGCGACCUCUGGGUAUUCACAUGGGAUCUGGACCAUCGGCGGGACUCAGGCUGAAGCUGAGGCGGCAUUCGCGCCGGUCAGAGCCAAGCUCCAAGCUUUCAACAGCACACUCUUCAUCAGCGACAACUUUGCUACAUACACUGACUACUGGUCAUUUUACGAGGCCGAAUCAGGGCUGCAUGAUCCUGCAGGAUCUUCGUCCACCUUGACUUCUAGACUUAUAGGUCGCGAAUCCCUUGGGAAUCACACUGCUGUUCGCGAGACUGUAGAAGUGAUCGCCGGCAAGCCGGAAGAGUACACCGUCAACGUAAUCGAUCUCGUCUCGGGCGGCCAAGUAUUCGCAGAUGCAUCUGACGAGACUUCCGGAUUGCAUACGGCAUGGCGCACCUCUAACUAUUUCGUGACGAUCGGUCGAGGAGUAGCACUGAACGCCUCCAACGCUGAGCGCUAUUCGGUCAUGAAUGAUAUAACCUACGUGAAAGGUGCUGCCUUGAAGAGGUUAGCACCAGAUACGGGCGGCUACAUGAAUGAGGGAGACAGGAAUGACCCAGACUGGAAGGCAGCGUUUUACGGGGACAAGUAUGCGGAUCAUCUGGCUGCGAAGAUGAAGCAGGACGACGGAGGUUUGAUGCCCGAAGUCUUCUAUCAGUUUGGAGUCUAG